UCAACAUUCAAACAAAAAUUUUACUCAUUUUUUAACACUAUUUUUCACCAUUUUCACACUUUUAACUCAAUACAUAACGUGAGGAAUACUAAAAAAAACAUAAUUUUGAAAUAACCAGUAAAAUGGAAAUUAUUUUAUUCUUCUUUUCUUUUCACGUAUAUAAAUAAUCUCAUAAUUUUAUCUCCUCAUAUUGAAUCAUAUGCCAGAGAAAGAUAAACGUAUGUAAGGUCACGAUAAUAUAGAAAGAGAGGGAAAAGGAAAUAUUUUCCGUCUGCUUCCCAACGUCUGGGUGUGACUAGAAUUUAAUCUUAAAUAUUUUCAAAUUUUAAAUAAACACGCAUAUGUGAUUCAGUUCUAAAUUCAAUGAAUGCCAUUCCUAUGAAUUAUCAACUGAUUAAGAAAAUUAAAAGAAUGAAGUAAAAUUACUUAGAGGAAAUGAAUAGAGUGAUAAAAAAUAGUGGAAGAGAGAUGCGGGUUGUAUAGUCAUUUCAGAGUAUAUAGAAAUUUCCAUUGAAGUGAUUCAAGUGAUUGUCGUUUCUUGUUACAAGUACGUGGGUGGAUCUUGAUUAAGAAUCCGAGGCAUUUUGAGGUGAGACGCCGAGAGACAUUGUGUGAAUAAAAAAAUCAUCGACUCGAUGUGGCGUUCAACGUAAAUCGAAGGGAAAUCAAAUAAUUCAAAUGUAUUUUGUAAAAAUGCAGGGCGGCAUUAUAUUGUGUCUUGUGUUAUCUAUAUUAUCUAGUGUAAACAGCUUCAAUUUGGAAGCACGGAUACCUGUUAUAAAGAAAGGAGUAAAGGGCUCUUAUUUCGGUUUCUCUGUAGCUGAACAUCAAGAAAUUUCGGAAAAAAAUGGAGACAAAACAAGCUGGAUUUUAGUGGGUGCACCUCUAGAUCAAAAUAUACAACCCGGUACGAAUAGAUCAGGUGCAUUAUGGAAAUGUCCCUUGACUUCAACUUUACGAGAUUGUCAACAAGUUAUCACCGAUGGACAAAAAAGAGACGAAGGUGGUCAAUAUGAUUCAAGUAUUGAUAGUGAGGAAUUAAUUCCACCUGGUAAUGAUGAAGUGAAAGAUAACCAAUGGCUUGGAGUUACAGUACGAAGUCAAGGUCCUGGUGGCAAAGUAAUGGUUUGUGCUCAUCGUCACAUAGUGAAAUCGAAGGAUUCGAUGUGGGGACAAGGACAAUGUUACGUAUUGUGGCAGGAUUUAAAAGUGAAAGAUUUAAAGAAGCCUUGUUCCGGGAAACCGACUGACAAAGCACAUGAACAAUUCGGAUAUUGUUUGGCCGGUACAAGUGGAUUAUUAACUUCAGAGGAAUAUGUUAUGAUUGGCACACCGGGUCCUUAUACAUGGCAAGGAACCGUUUAUCUUUCAACUGUUGAGGAGAAUUUUUUCGAGAGGGAUAAUACGAUUUACAAUGCUCCCAUGCAGGAUGCUUCGCCUGUCAAAAAAUACAGUUAUCUCGGGAUGUCCGUCGCUGUUGGGAAUUUUUUCAAGAACGGAUUGGCGUACGCGGCUGGAGCACCGCGUUCGAAUGAAACGGGACAAGUUGUUCUUUUUGUGAGAAAUGAAGGCAAAGCUGAUUUACAAGUUAUCACGACUUUGGACGGUGAACAAUUGGGUUCGAGUUUUGGUUAUGAAAUCGCUUCGGCUGAUGUAAACGGUGACAAAAUUUCAGAUCUCUUUGUCGCGGCUCCAUUUUAUUUUAAUAAAGGUGAAGGCGGUGCGGUGUAUGUUUACACAUCCUUGGAGAAAAAUAUGAAAGUUUGCAAAAAAUGCGCACCUACGAAAUUAGUCGGUAAAGAGGAAUCAAGAUUUGGUUUUGCAAUAGCCAAUUUAGGGGAUUUGAAUCAAGACGGAUAUGAGGAUAUCGCUAUCGGUGCGCCUUAUGAAGGAAAAGGAACUGUUUAUAUUUACCUUGGUUCUAGGAACGGUUUGAUUACUGUUCCAUCACAGGUUAUUCAUUCGGAGGAUACGCCUGUACCAUUGCGAACAUUUGGAUAUUCACUUAGUGGAGGAAUCGAUAUGGAUCAAAAUGGUUAUCCAGAUUUACUAGUAGGCGCUUAUGACGAUGCAGCUGUCGCUUUACUGCGAUCGAGGAACAUUAUCAAUAUUACCACCUACAUUCAAUAUUACAAGAAAGACGGAUUGUAUCAAGAGAAAAUAGAAUCCAUAGAUCCGAGUAAACCGGGUUGCUUCGCCGAUCCGCUAUCGAACUAUACUUGUUUCUCCUUUGAAGCUUGUUGCGAGACACGAUCAGUUGUGAAGAGAGAAGGAAAACCGUAUCUAAAACUGAAUUAUUUCAUUGAAGCGGAAACUUAUUCGGGAGUGAAGAAAUUUUCACGUGUUUGGUUCCGAGAACGUGACUCGCGCUCACACAUCAUUCAUCGACAAAUUAUCCUAGAUUCCAGUAAACGUGUCCACUGUCAAUCGGAAACAGUCUAUUUAAAGGAAAAUACAAGAGACAUUCAAUCGCCAAUAAAAUUCCGUCUGAAUUACACAUUAAUACAAGAAGAACCCGCAAUGCCAAGAGAAGGUUCACCUCUACCUGACAUCAAGAAUUUUCCAAUUUUAAAUCAACAAGAAGCUGCUAAAGUAUUUGAAGCAACUUUCCAGAAAGAUUGCGGCGAGAACGAUAUUUGCGAAAGUGAUUUGCGCAUAAAAGCCGCACUCGAUCUUAAAGAAUCUUUGAGUGAACAGAAUUUUUACGAAUUAACAUUAAGAGAGAAUGCAGACAUUGCCGUGAAUGUGACUAUAAAAAAUAUUGGCGAAUCAGCAUACGAGGCACAAUUAUUCGUUGAGCAUUCUUCAAAUUUAAAUUACAUCGGUACAAAGACAAAUGAUUCGGUAAUUUGUAAUGUGCAUAAUACAACGAUUGUUGCUUGCUCCUUGGGAAAUCCUUUCAAAAAGGAUAAAAUUGUCUUCCUACAAGUGAGAUUUGAUCCAACAAAAUUAGAAGAUCAUGAAUCGCAGUUGACUUUUAAGGUUUUUGCUAAUUCAACGUCUAAGGAAGUUAGUGAAAAGUCACCCACGUACCUACAAGCGGCUAUUAUUCGCCGGGCGGAAUUAUCCAUAAAAGGCACUUCGAAAAGUCAGUGGGCCUACUAUGGAGGUCCCGUUAUUGGCGAGUCGGCAAUAAAAAAUCUACAUGAAAUUGGACCAAAAGUUUUUCAUAUUUACGAAGUUUUUAAUGAAGGACCAUGGAGAGUUAGUGCUCUAGAUGUUAAAAUCAGAUGGCCUUAUGAAGUCGCUAAUGAUAAACCGCAUGGAAAAUGGUUACUUUAUUUGGAAGAUAUUCCUUCUGUGCAAGCUCAAGGAACAAGUCGAAAUUGUGAAGUAGCUCCUGGAUAUGUAAAUCCAUUGAAAUUGCAAGGCAGUGUCAGUGAAAUCGAACCACUUGUAACGACUUCCUAUCCUCUUGUCUACAACAAUACGAAUUACAUUAGAAGAAGACGAGACACUGAGAAGGUGGUAAAUACGCGAACUUACAUUAAAGAUGGACGUAGGCAUCAAAUUGUUCACAUGAGUUGCAAAGGACAGACGGCAAAAUGUAUAGACAUUAUAUGCAGAAUUGAGAAUUUGCAAAGAAAAAAGGAAGCAAUUGUUACAAUCAAAGCAAGACUUUGGAAUUCAACGCUUGCUGAAGAUUAUCGAAAAGUGGACGAGGUGCGAAUUGCAUCCUACGCGAAAAUAAUUAUUCCCGCUGGCGUUAUAAUACAACAAGAGAAUGUGUCCGAUGAUUUUACAAUUGCUGAGACUGUCGCGUAUCCGGAUAUAUCAGAUCAACAAGAACCCGAACCAGUGCCAAUUUGGAUAAUAGUCGGCGCAAUUCUAGCCGGCCUAUUAUUAUUAAUUCUCUUAACAUUGAUUCUUUGGAAACUCGGUUUCUUCAAGAGACGAAGACCAGAUCCGACACUAUCGGGUAAUCUCGAGAAGCACAGAGAUGAUAAUCCAGAACAUGAGGCGCUAUUCAAAAACUGAUAUUGUGAGCAAAAUUUACAAAAUGAUGUUUACAAUUUAUUGAAGAGAUAAGGUAAAAUUGUACUUAUAUCCAGUGACUAUAAGAAAACAGACAGUUAUAUUAAUAUUAAUGAAUACGUAUUAAUGAAUUCGUAUUUAUUAAUACGACUGCCUGUUUAAGAAUUCAAGUACAGAGCAGCUAAAAAUAUAUUUAGAAGAUGUGAUAGCAUUUCAUGCUUCCAUGACAUGAAACUUUGGUUUCUGUCAAAUUUCUAUUAGAGCUUCGUUGCUUAUAAAAAAAUUCUCCGCAUACGGAAGCACGUAUGUCUUAAUUUUUUUUUUUAAUUACGGUUACCGUGUCAAUCGGAAGUUGUGUUUUGCGAAAAUGCGCAAUUCGAACUUCUUU